AUGAAGAGAAAGGCGGAAAAAUCACAAGCAGCUGCUCCGCUCAGCGCCGUCGCGGCUCGCAAAGCUCGUCAGCAACAAGCACAGAGUGCAGCAGCGGCAGUCGAAAAGCCUGUCGCAGCCGAGUCGGCCGGUGAGCCUCCCUCGAAAAAGGCCCGGCGCUCUCCCGAAGAAGCGAUCGCAGUCGAGCAGGAAGAGAACCAGCCAACACGAUCUACGCGGCGAAAGGAUGCCGAUUCAGUCAAGGAGCCGGUGCAAGAUGCGCGCAGGGUGACACGCUCGCAGAAAAGCUCGCAGCAAUAUACUCCAGACACAAAUCAAGGGGGCGAGGAUCAAACCUCAUCUGAACCAGAAUCGGAGGAGGAAGAGAAUGCCGUCGUGGAGGCCAACGGCGUCGAACUCGCCUCGCUCCAGAGAGAUGCUGACGAGUUUGAGUCACCCGCCGAUACUCCCGUGCAACUGCAAGAAUUUCCGCUAUCGAAGACCCGGUUGAACAAGAACAAUAUCAUGUACAGCGACGAGCAUAGGCUCUGCGUCCGGAUCAAGGAGAAGAUGAGCCUCGUUUUAAUCGGUCACUACGAUCUCUGGGUCAAGCGUGGCGUGGUAAGCCUCAUGGGCGCGAAGCUGCAUCCCUCGUCCCGAGUCUACAGGGUCUACGCCCCUUCGACGCAUUCCCUGCCAGUGAUCAAAUGCGUAUCUGGGGUCGACGGUGCGGCCGAGAUCGAAGUCAUGUCAUGUCACAGCGGGAUCUACCGUCUCAGGCAUCUGUCGCCUCUGUAUGAACGGGUCUGGAACGGCAAGAACACCGCGGCCGACAAGCUGACAUUGAAGAGCGCAUCGCCUUCAACCAAGCGCACGUUCUCAGUGCUGUAUACCUCUGCGGACGACUCCUUGAAGAGACAUCUGCGGCCACUGCACCUCGAAAAGCAGUGGAGUUCGGCGAUCAAGUCGCUGUCUCAGCGCGGUGGACGACUCCGCACACUGAUCUGUGGUCCCAAGGCAUCUGGAAAGUCCACUUUCAGUCGCUACCUCCUGAAUCAUCUCCUUAGUCCUGCGCCGCAAACCGAGUCCAGCUAUCGCAACACCGACGGCGUCGCCUUUCUUGAUCUGGACCCCGGCCAGCCUGAAUUCUCCCCAAUGGGACAGGUAUACCUUGCCCACCUGCGCUCCCCGGUGUUUGGUCCUCCGUUCUCUCAUCCAUCACUGGAUGACUCUCGCAGCGGGACCAUCGUUCGAGCGCAUCACAUCGGAGCGAGCUCUCCGAAGGAAGACCCCGACCACUACGUGUUGGCAGCCAAAGAUCUCAUGGACCGCUACCGCUCGCUGCUGGCGAGUUACCCACAAUGCUCUCUGAUCAUCAACUACCCCGGAUGGAUCUUCGGGCUCGGACUCGAAGUCGCCACCUACCUGGUGAGCUCUCUGGGUCUAUCCGACGUAGUCUAUAUGAGCGAAAAGGGACCGGCCGAGGUGAUCGAGCCACUGGGCCAGGCGGCCGCUCAAGCCAAAGUACCUCUGACCAUCCUCCCAUCGCAACCGACCGACUUCGUGAGCCGGUCCAGCGCGCAACUCCGCUCCAUGCAAAUGCAGUCCUACUUCCACAUGACGCAUCCCAGCGACAUCGACCACCCAAUAUGGCUCGAGCAGCCCCUCUCGCGCACGCAGCCGAUGCAAAUCCACUACUCAGGACCCAACAAAAACAUCGAGGGCAUCAUGGUAAUGGGCUCACGCAUCGACGCAGACCUCCUCUCGGAGGUCAUAGACGGAAGCAUCGUGGCCGUCGUCGCAGUGGAAUCGCCCAACGCGCUUCUGGGCGAUAACUCCACCACCACCGAAUUCACCACCACCACCACCACCACAACAACAACAACAGACACCGCCUCCGACACCAGCAUGGCAGAUGACGACGACGACGACGGCGACGACGACGACGACGACGACACCGAAGCCAACGUCCCGCCCCCAUUAACAACAAAAUCAACAACCCUAACCACAAACAUAACCCUCACGCCCCACGAAUCCCUCCCCUACCUCUUCUCCGGCGCAGGGAGCUCCAACCCACUGGACCCACGCAAAUCCCACAGCCUAGGCCUCGCGCUUGUCCGGGAGAUCAACCCAAGCACGCAGACCCUAGACCUCGUAACGCCGAUCCCAGCGGCCCGGAUCCAGGAGGCCCGCGAACAAGGCCACGCGCUGGUUCUUGUGCGCGGCCAGCUGGAUAACCCCAACUGGGCGAUCAGCGAGGAGUACUACGCGGCCCGCGCCGCGGUCCGACAGCACCAGAUCUCGCUCGCCAAGCGGGGCAGCAGCAGCAACAGCGACGCAAAGCUCAACGCCCAGGAGAAGCGCGUGGCGGCUUUGCUGAAGGAUCGCGUGCGUCGCGCGAGUACCAACGUGCCCUGGAUGACGGUGAUUGAGGAUCCGAGGAAUCGGCAGGCGGGGGGUUCUUCGUUGCCGCGUGAGCGGGGGCUGUGGAGGUUGCGGAAGAAGGCGUAUUCGGGGAGUGGGAGUGAGGGGGAGGGGGAGUGGUAG